AUGACACCACUGGCCUGUAAUCACCGGUACAGCUGUAAUGAGGUCAUGGAUGCGGCCCGGGAUCAACAUCCAUGGUUUGGUGUGGAGCAGGAGUUCUAUCUCAUGAACGCCGAUACUAACUGGCCGUUGGGUUGGCCUACAAAUGGUUAUCCGGAGCCCCUGACGGCUCCCCAUGCUUUCUACUACGGGGCCGUCGGUGCGGGUAAACAGUUUGGGAGGGAUGUGAUGGAGGCUCACCUCAGGGCCUGUCUGUACGCAGGGGUUAAUAUAUGGGGCGAGACAUCGGAGGGACAGCCGUCUCAGUGGGAAUAUCAAAUCCAUUUCCCAAUGAAUAGGUGGGUCCCUGUGAAGGCAUACGUCUGGGGGAUGACCUAA